GUCAUGUUCCUCCCUCCCUAUUGCUGAAAAAUUCAGAAACGCGGUGAGAGGGAGACAUGAUGUAAAUCUCUCAGCUCCUUAAAAUUCUCCUUUCUUUCGCUUUCUCUUUCGAACCCUAGAUUGUUCAACGUUUCUUGUUUGACUCAUUGAGAUCAAAUCCAUUUUCCUUUCUUCUUAAUUCUUCUUGAUAAUAAUGUGUCCGUUGAGAUUCCUAUUGGUGUUCUUCUCUGCGGUUCUCGCCGGAUAUUUCGCGUGGAAGACGGUGAGCUCUUCGCCUGAAAUCAUCUCAGAAGACGACGACGGCUCACCGGUCGAAUUGAAUGAGAAACAAGGACUCUGUUUCAAAAAGAAGAUGGAGAAGGGGUUCUGGGUGUUCGUCGACAUGGCCAGCGGGAAAUACCUUUGGAGGAAUCUCAAGCUGAUGAGCGAGAAAGGUUCAAAAUGAUUUCGAUCUCUUCCUUGUGCAGAAAGUUAAAGAAGAAGGUUCAUAUUAUAUGCUUAGAUGAGUUCAUAAAGUAACCCUCUGUUUUGUUCUAAUACUCACCCUGAUUUUUUUUUUGUAAUUUUGAUACUUGUGUGUUGUAAAUCUGGCAACAAAAUUAAUCAAAAGUUUGUAACUUUCAACCAA